AUGUACAAGAGAAUCAAGUAUAUUGUCGUCUGCAGGAAUGAUCCAAUAUUGCAAAAGUCUGCUCCUCUUCUCAGCUGGAUUCAAUCCGUAGUUAUACCACCGCCAGAUCCUCUAGAUCACCUGCUAGAUCACACCGACCUAGAUCACGUUCUAGAUCACGCCGCCAUAGAUCAUACUCUCGAUCGUACUGUAUCCAAACCAAUCAAAAGAGAUAAAAGUCUAUCGAGUGGCCGAUACAGAGGUCCACCAAGAUCCAUGUACUCAAGUGAUCAAAGUGAUAGAAGCCGAUCAAGAUCAAGAUAUUCAAGUGGCCGACGUGAUAAAAGUCGAUCACCAAUUGUCACUACUCCAAACCGAUCACCAACUGUCACAACUCCAACAUCGAGCCAGUCAUCAACAGUUACCACUCCAACAUCUACUUUAUCCACAUCUACUACUACCACUGCUGAUACACCAACAGAACAGAAAAUCAAAGCAGGGGAUAUCGAUUGGACGUUGGAACAGAAGCUAUAUUUCAUCAUGUACAAGAGAAUCAAGUAUAUUGUCGUCUGCAAGAACGAUCCAAUAUUGCAAAAGUCUGCUCCUCUACUCAACUUGGAUUCAAUCUAUAGUGAUACUCUGCCAAAUCAUCUAGAUCAAGUGAUUCACUUUCUAGAUCACGCCACAUAG